AUCCACUGUGCACCACCAAAUUUAGUGCUAGCAAAAUCGGGCCAAUUUUUCUGUUGGCAAUGUGCUAUCAGGAAGGCAUAUCGCAUAUUCCAUGGUUUAACUUGCUCAAAUUCGUUGCUCCUAACCUAAGUACCCCCACUAAUCCAAGGGAAUAAACCCUUCCCAUCUCGCCUCGUUGCCAACCACCCUAUAAAAACCAGGUCGGCCGCCUUCCUCCUCCCCUCGCCGCGAGCGAAUUCCCACCUCAACCCACGCGCUCCGGCGAAAUGGCCGUCUACAUCCGCCUGGACGACGCCGUCCGCGCGCGGCUCCGCGGGGACGGCGGGUCGGCGAGCAGCGGCAGCGAGCAUGAGGCCUCCGCGUGCCUGUCCGGGCUCGUGCAGGCGUUUCUUGAGACGGAGGGCGCCGCGGCGGGAGAGGAGGGCGCUGGGGCGGCGGGGAAUGGAGGGGAAGGGUACGAUUCCGAUGAUGGUGAUGGCCCCGGACGUGCCGCGGCGGCGGCGGAGUCUGUGAGGGAGCUGCUUGACCCGCCGGCGGAGGAGGACCCGUUUCGGAUCAGGCUUGCUGCGGCGGCGGCGGCCGCUGUGGAGGCGGAGGCGGCGCUGAGGAAGUACGGGGCGGCGUUCCGGCGCGCCGUGGCGCGGCGGCUGCGGGCCGCCGGGUACGACGCCGGCGUGUGCAAGUCGCGGUGGGAGGCUUCUGGUGGGAUCACGGCCGGGACGUACGAGUACGUCGACGUGGUCGCGCCGGCGGCGAGGGGGCAGAAGAGCAGGUACAUUGUGGACGCGGACUUCCGGGCGGGGCUGGAGGUGGCGCGCGCGACGGCGGAGUACGCGGUCGUCGUGGCCGCCGUGCCGGCGUCGGUGGUGGUCGCGCGGGAGGAGGCCGUCGGGCGCGCCGUGCGCGUGGCGGCCGACGCGGCGCGGCGGUCGCUCCGGUCGCACGGCCUGCACGUCCCGCCGUGGCGCAAGACGCGGUACAUGCUCGCCAAGUGGCUCGGCCCCUACAAGAGGUCGACGGCCACCUCGCCGUCGGCCGCCGGAGCAAUGCCGAUGCCCAACGCCGCCGGGAUGGACGUUAAGUGCCGCGCCGUCGGGUUCUCUCCGACGACGCCGACCGCGCCGGCGGCGAGGAUCAAGUAGACUCCGCGGCGUUCCUCCGCCGCCUGAGACCAUCAAAGCCAAUUAAUUUAACAACGUUGUGUGUAGAUGUACAGAUUAAUUAGAGCGAGAGUUCCUUUCAACUUUGAGUUGCUCUCGAAUUUGUUUUGUAGAGAUAUUUUUGGUCCAGAUUAAUUAUGAGUUGCAAAUUGUUCUUGCAAACUAGUAGUAUCACUACUACAAAAAGGAGAUGAUAAAUUAUUGUGUAGCAUACUUGAACUUGAUCUUUAGUUGGGGAAAAGAUUUAAAUAUGAAGAUCUUGGAGGAAAAGAAAGCAAGAAACGGUGUAUGCGGCGGGUGGGCGUAGUUGAAUUAGCGUGGAUAGAAUGGUGCCACUGGUGUUUAUGCUUUACUAAUGGCGCUUGUCGGCGACGAGAUUUAAUAAUGCAAUCACCCUAAUCUUCCUCCUCUCGUUACUAUGAGCUGUGUACGUUAUUUUUCUCUUCAAGAUUCAGCAACGAUAUGCACGCAAACUUGCUAUAUUACUCUAAAACUCCCCUCUAUUUUUUUAAAAAAGAAUGAAUUUGGAACAAACAAAGGAGGCUAUAUUUCUUUUGUUGAUGAAAGAUGAAAAGAUUAUUUAAUUCUCUAUGGCUAU